AUGCAUGAAUCGCAGGAUGAAGAAGAUCUGCUGGGAGCCAUUAGACCAUACAGGUUCAAGCUUAGCGACAGCAUCUCUGAAGCUUUGAGAUCGCCUGCUGCCUUGGAAGCGGAUGAGAAAGAGGACAGGCCACCUGAUAGCGUUGGUUUAGUGUCAGAUGAUUAUGGCAAACACUUGACUGGCGUAGAAGAUCUUCUGCAAAAGCACAGUCUUGUAGAAGCCGACAUUUCAUCUCUGGCUGAAAGAGUGAAACAGCUAACUAAUCAGGCUCAAGAAUAUGGUGACAUGACUGAUGAUUUUCCAGAUGAUGAUGAUUCUUUUUGUCCAGAGCCUCAGUUGAUUGCUGAGAGACAAGCAACUCUUAACCAAUCUUAUGCUCAGCUUCAGGAUCUUGCUGCUGCUCGUAGAGAGAGGUUGGAAGCAUCACAAGUGUUGCAACGGUUCUAUGUAGAUGCUGAUGAGGAAGAGAGUUGGAUUAGAGAGCAGGAACAGAUCUUGAUCAAAACAGAGCAGCCGAAAGACCUGACAAGUGUCAGGCACUUGCAGCAAAAGCAGCAGGGGUUGGAAACUGCAACUGUAGGUCAUGAGGGUCGUGUGCAGGAUGUUGUCUCACAAGCCAAUCAGCUGCUGCUUGCUGGACAUUACGAUGCGGCAAACAUCAAGGCCAAGGUGACAAGUGUAGAGAAGAAUUGGUCAGGAUAUAAGAGCCUUGCUGCCACUAAGCGUGAUCGACUAAACCAGCUUGGGAUUCUUUACCAAUAUUUGGCUGACUCACAAGAAACUAUCAAUUGGAUGAAAAUGAUGGAACAGGUUGUAACUAGUCCAGAUUAUGGUCGUGAUCAGUACCAUACACAAGCUCUUAUUAAGAAACAUGAAGAUGUUGAAGAAGAGCUGCGAGCAUACGAAAAGGUGAUGAGUGGUUUGCAAAUACAACAUGCUGAAUUGGCUGCAGAGGAUCGUGUAGAGACAGUAGCAGAACUGCAGCCUCAAAUUAUGGAACAGUAUCAGCAUCUGCUUGAACUCUCAAGUCAAAGAAAAGCAACACUGUUAGAAGUACUUCUGUUUCAUGAAUUUGUGAGAGAAGUUGGACUAGUGGAGCUGUGGAUAAGAGACAAAAAAGCUAUGAUUUUGUCACUGAGAGAUCCCAGUAAUCUUGAAGAGGCUGAGAGUAUUAAGCAACGUUUAGCUGGUGCUGAACAGGAAGUAAUGGGUGGUGAAGCUCAAGUGAUUCAAGUAAACAACAGAGCUGAUGAACUGGUGCAAGCUCGGCAUCGCCAUUCAGUGGACAUUGUGGCAAAGAAAGAGGGAGUUAAUGAAGAGUGGGAAGAUCUCAUUUCUCUUCUACAAAGACGACGUGCAGAAAUAGAGGCAUCUGGUGGAGUGCAUGAAUUGUACAGCACAGUUGAACAGACGGUGCGUUGGAUUAAUGAGAAGGCAGCGCUCAUCCAGCAGAGUGAUCCACAUGGCAAAGAUCUAGAAACAGUAUUGAAGGAACAGAGGCAGUUGCAAGCAACAGAAAGAGAUCUUGUGGCACUGGCUGACAAAAUACAAGCUCUGAAUACACAGGCUGAUCAAUUGACUGGACAGCAUCCUGACAAGGCAGAUGUUAUUAGAACUAGAGUUGAGGAACUGAAUAGGCUGUGGAAGGGAUUAAAUGAGGAGAUGGAAAAGAGAAGAGCUUUGCUAGGAGAAUCUGGAAGUCUGCAAGCUUAUCUUCUUGAUCUAAUGUCUUUUCAGACUUGGCUAUUAGAUGCACUUGCACGCACCUCGUCUCAGGAUCAUCCAAACAGUGUAGCAAGAGCUGAGGAAAUGCUCAAGGAGCAUCAGGAACUGCGAACUGAAAUGACGACGUAUGAUCCAACCUACAGCAAAAUUGUUGCAACUGGUAAAAAAGUUAUCACAGACCCAGCUGACUCAAAGCAGCAGGAGGCAGAAAAGAGACUAAAUGAUGUGGAAACUUCUUGGACCAAACUUUGGGACACAUGGGAAAACAGACAGGAGCUGCUUGUUCAGUGCCUGACAUAUGAGACAUUUAAACGGGAUGCAGAGCAUACAGAAGUCUUACUGUUAGAAGAUGACAAGUACCUUGAAGAUGAAAACAUUGGAAACACUCUGGAUGAGGCAGAAGGUUUGAUCAAGAAGCACGAGGAAUUUGAGAAGAAACUAGCGGCUCAUGAUGAGAAUGUGAACACUGUGCAGAUGAUGGCAGAGAGGCUAAUGGAAGAUGAACAUUAUGCUAAAGAAAAUGUAGAGCAGACAGCAAAGAGAGUUUGUGAAAAACAAGUACAAAACAGGGAAAGAUCUGGCAAGAGAAGAAGUGACCUUGAAAAUUCAUUGAGAUUGCACAGAUUUCGUCGUGAUUGUGAUGAGUUGGAAGUGUGGAUUGCUCAAAAGAUGCAGACAGCAUGUGAUGAGUCAUAUCGUGAUUCUACAAACUUGGCCAGCAAGCAGAAAAGACAUGAAGCAUUUGAAGCUGAACUGGAUGCCAACAGACAACAGCUGGAUGAUCUGUUGGAGACUGGUCAAGUUUUAGCUGCCACACAACCAGAGUCUGGAGAGGAAAUCAAUGGAAGACUAGACAACUUGCAGAAGCAGUGGAAACUGUUGCGAAGUAAAGCUGCAGAGAGAGGAAUAUGUUUAAGACAAGGAAACUCACAAGAACAGUUUAAUCGGGCAGUUGAUGAUAUGAUGUCGUGGCUUAAUCAAACAGAGACGUCUCUAUUGACUGAUGAUCUUGGAAAAGAUAUUCCAAGUGUGGGCAGCUUGCUGAAGAAGCAUCAAAUGCUGGAGUCUGAAGUUGUUGCUCAGAAGCAGGAAGUUGAGAAACUUUGCUCAGAAGCUGAUAACAUGUUAGAUGAGGAUCACUUUGACUCUGCUGCAGUGAAAGCAAAAAAGAAUGACUUAGAACAGAGAUAUGCUAGUAUUGCUCGUCCCAUGACUCGUCGUCGCAGUCGACUUGAAAAGUCAAAAAAGCUGCAUCAUUUCAACAGAGAUGUAGACGAAGAACUGGCCUGGAUUAGGGAGAAAAUGUUGUUGGCAACUUCAACUGAUUAUGGCAAUGACUUUUUGGGAACUCAAAGGCUGCUGAAACGUCAUAAGGCUUUGGUUGGUGAAGUUGGUGGUCAUGAGCCAAUGAUCGCUGCUGUUUGUCAUGCAGCUGAUCGUCUUGUCUCUGAAGGCCAUGAAGAGAGCCAACAGAUAUCCAACAGAAAGGUUGAACUUCAAGAAAGGUGGCAUGAACUCAAUGAUGCUGUUGCUGGAAGACAAGAAAAAUUGGAAUUGUCGGCUGUUGCUCAGCAGUACUUCCUUGAUGCUGCAGAAGCGGAAGCAUGGAUGAGUGAACAGGAACUGUACAUGAUGGAUGAUGACAGAGGAAGAGAUGAAGCCAGUGCUUCAGCACUGGUGAAGAAGCAUUGUCAACUGCAAACUGCAGUUAAGCAUUAUAAACGAACAAUUUUGGAACUAGCGGACAAUGUGAAGCCCAUGAAGGAGCAAAACAAUCCAAGCAGUGAUGCUGUCCAAACAACUCAGUCACAUAUCACUAAACUGUAUGACAGUUUGGAGCAGCUGGCAGAGGAGAGGGCAGCAAGCCUUGAUGAAAGUUUUAAACUUUUUCAACUGAACAGAGAAGUGGAGGAGUUGGAGUCAUGGAUCAAUGAUCAGGAGAUAGUGGCACAGAGCAAAGAAUUAGGUCAUGAUUUUGAGCAUUGUGAGAUGAUCCAAGAAAAGUUUCAGGAGUUUGCUCGCAACACCACAGCAACAGGAAAGGACAGGCUGAGUUCUGUAAACUCUCUUGCAGAGUCUCUUAUCACAUCUGGCCACUCUGAAGCUGUUACAAUUAAGGAGUGGAAAGAUGGUGUAGGAGAGAGUUGGGACAGCAUCCAGGAACUAAUAGAAACUAGGAGAAAAGCUCUUGCCACUGCUUAUGAAAUGAAGCGUUUUUACAGAGAUGCAGAUGAUGUCAGAUUAAGAAUACAGGAGAAGAUUUCUGCUCUUCCUGAUGAUAUUGGUCAUGAUGUUGCUAGUGUGGAGACACUGCUGAGAAAUCAUGAGAAUUUUGAACGUGAUGUGGCAGCUAUUGGAACUCAGCUGACAACUUUGUCUAAGGAGGCAGCUCGUCUAGAACAAGGGUAUCCAGGAGAUGAUGCAAUUAGUCAGAAACAGCAGGGUGUAGAAGAUGCUUGGGAGACGCUACAGGAAAGGACAACAAACAGGAAACUUCAAUUGAAAGCAUCAGACGACUUGCAGAAGUUUUUAGCAGCUGUAAAAGCACUACUGGUUUGGACAGGGGACAUGAGGAUGGGUAUCUUCACUGAUGAACCAGCAGGAGACGUUCGUCAAGCUGAAGUGUUAAUCAAAGAGCAUCAAAGUCGGCGAGCUGAGAUUGAGAACAGGGAGGCAGAUUUUGAUGCGAUUGCACAGUUUGGACACAGUCUUGUUGAUCGCUCACAUUUUGCUUCAAAAGAGAUCAAGGCUAAACUGCAGCUUCUUGUCAAUGAACAAAAUGAGUUGUGGAGUGACUGGAAUGGCAGAGAUGACGAGUUGAGACUGUUUUUGGAAGUUCACAUCUUUGCUCGUGAUAGCCAUAUGGCUGACCAGUGGCUUAACAGACUUGAGCAGUUUCUGGCUAUAGAAAGUCUUGGUGAUUCUCUUGAUGAUGUUGACUCUUACCUAAAGAAACACACAGACCUUCUGAAAUCACUAGAUGCACAAGAAGAGCGGUUUCUUUUGCUAGAUAAAGCAACAGAGUUUGAGGAGAGACAGAAGGCGUUUCAACGAGAUCGUGUAUUUUCAAUUACUGGGGCUGGGGAGCUAUCAAAUCGGCAACCUGUUGCUGCUGGUUACAUAGCAGAAAGGAUUGAGAGAAUAGAGCAGGAGGCGAGAGCUGCGCCUAUUGUUCAGAAGACCUUGCAGCAAAUCGAAAUAGAUAAUGAGCUUCAAGAAGUGGAGUCUAAAGACGAGACAUCAGUUGAGCAAGAAUCCGAAGAUGAUUCUCAUCGCUUCAGUAUGAUAAUUCAUUCAGAUGCGCCAUCUGACAGGAGUAGUGGCCCAGUUAUGAGCGAGGAGAUAGACCGGGCACUAGACAGAGAAAUUCAUGUCAAAGCUCUGUCGUCAGAUGAGUCUAUUCACGCCCGAGCUGAAGCAAUUGUGUCCUCAGUUAUGAGAGACGCGGAGAAAGACGAUGCUGGCAAAGUUGUGAGAAAAGUCGACAUGUCGACGGAGGUAUCUAAUGCUCUCCAGGACGAACACAAACCUAAGAAAGAAGGAAAGAAGGUAAUUCAAAGCUCUGCAAAGAUGCCAUUUCUUCAAGACUUCAAGUUGCAAGCCAUAACGACCAUUAAUGUGAAGGCUCACUGUCCCGAGGACGCAACGCGUUUUUGGUUUCGACUCAUGGCCGACGAGGAAAACGUGGCGUUUGAUAUGACUGCACUUUUCAAUGAGAAACACGUUGUUUUGAGCUCAAAAGUUAAUGGACAAGUGACGGGGGAAACGAGGGCCGAGAACUUCCCGUUUGUUCAGGGUACGGAGUUUGAGCUGAAGGUGGUCGUUGAUGAAGAGUCAUAUCGCGUGUUGGUCAAUGGGAAUGAUGUUGGGAGUCUCUGCAGUUGUAUGGAGUUGAGUGCUGUGACCAAGUUACUCAUUGGAGGAGAUCCGGAUGGAAAGGGGUCCAUUGUUUUGCUGGGUCUAAACGCAAAGGUUAAGAGGCGUGGUGUUGCUGGCUUGGCAAAGAGUUCUGUUGUGUCGAAAUCUGAUGUGCCUGCGCCUGUAGAAGAUCAACUGCCUUUGGAUCACAUUUUUGAAGAUACAAAAGAAGAAGAAUCUACAAAAGCCCGUUUGCCGAAGCACGUGAGCUUUAGUGACGAUUUUCCAAGGGAUGGUACGUCUGAAGACAAGGCAGCAUCACCCGUUCCUCAAGACGAUGAAACUAAUGCUGAAUCUGCGGCAAGCAGUUUUAUGCCGGCUGGUGGCUUGAUGGAAGGUUUGCUGAGUCGCAAACACGAAUUCGAGAGUGCAGGAAAGAAGUCACACACAAGGUCGUGGAAGACUUUCUAUGUUGUUCUGAAAAGUAACCAGUUGAUUUUCUACAAGGAUGAACGGGACGCGAUUCACAGCCAUCAUGCAGCAGUUCCACCUAUUGCACUGGAAGGAAGUCAAUGCGGAGAAGCAUCGGACUACACAAAGAAAAAGCAUUGCUUGCGAUUACGAACAAACACUGGAGGAGAAUGGCUGUUCCAAGCCAAGAACUCGGAUGUUAUGAAAUCGUGGAUUCGUGCUGUUGAUCAGUCGCAGCAACUGUCCGCCGCUGGCGACGAGCAGAGGACGUUGCCUCUUGUCGGUACCGACGUUCAGGAAGUUGCUGGUGUGGUCGCUGGUUCCCUCGGUAGCUCUCCUGAUACGACACCUCUUCAGUCACCGUCGCAUGUUCCUGCAGUAAAGACUAAGAUGGCUACUGAUGCCAUUGCAGUGUCUGGAGAUGUUGAACCAAAGAAAGAGAAGAGAAGGAGCAUUUUUGGCAGGAAGAAGUAACCGUUGGUGCUCAACCUUUUAACUUUGUUUAGACGUUUUGCUUUCGGUAAACUUGUUUUGCUUCGUUUUCGCUGUUGCUGUGUAGUCGUGGUUUAUCGCUAGAACACGAGUUGCCGUAGACGCGGUGCUGCGAUUAUUUUUACUGCUAACAAUUGAUCUCUUGCCGAUAAUUGUUUGUGAACUGAUAGGAAA